GAGUGUCCUAUGAUCAAACGUAUAAAGCAGCAGACAGAUGAAGUUCCUCAGUUAGAAGCUGCAGUUAUCUGGAGAAGAUUGAACGGACUGAAAACUUGAGUGUGUACUUCACUUGCAUUAAGUGAAAAGACCAUCUAUUUGGACAAAACACUUAACCUGAGCUGAAACUGGCAAGUGAGCGACAUCAAACAAACACCCAACAAUGCAGCAAGCUGUGCUCCCGUCUGGUUGCCACCUGGGCAAGAAGAUGCUGAUCUUGGAUGUGGAUGUUGGCGUGGAUGAUGCCCAGGCGCUGAUGAUGGCUCUGGCAGCUCCCAACGUGCACAUCCUGGCAAUAACCUGCACUCACGGUAACACGGGCAUCGACAACGUGUGCAAGAACGUGCUGCGUUUGCUGAAACUGUGUAACAGGAUGGAGAUCCCUGUCUACCGUGGAGCAGGCACCUCUCUCCUGGGUGUAGUCCAUCACGAUGCCGCUUACCAUGGGAAGGACGGCCUGGGCGAUGUUCCUGAUCCCGACGCUCCGGGUGUGGAACAUAUAAAGUCCGAACACGCAGUGAAUGCCAUGGCACGGAUAGUGAAUGAGCACCCCGGGCAGGUCACUCUUGUUGCUGUUGGACCCCUGACCAACGUAGCCUUGGCUGCCAAGUUACACCCCACCUUUCCUCCAAAGCUGAAGGGUCUGUACAUCAUGGGUGGAAACAUGGAAGCCAGAGGGAAUGUGAGAGUCUGCGGCGAGUUCAACUUUGUCACAGACCCAGAAGCGGCUUCCAUUGUGCUGAGCCACUUCACUUGUCCCGUGUACAUCGCCACCUUGGAGUACAGCCUCCGCCAUCAUCUGUCCUGGGACUUUUACAAAAAGUGGGUGAAUCAAGACACCCCAAAGGCUCGGUUCAUGAAGAAGAUAUCUGCACAUACUGCGAACUACACCCUGGAAGGCGGAGGUACCAACGAGUUGGUGGAGUUUGGAAGCGGCUUUGUGUCCUGUGAUUCAUACGCAAUGUCUGCUGCCAUCGAUGACUCGGUGGUGACAAAGCGCGCCCAGUACGGGGUGAGUGUGGAGUUGCACGGUUCACUGACCAGGGCCAUGAUGAUCGUGGACACCCUCGACAUCCUGAAGCUCCCACAGAAAGCCACCGUCUUCCUGGAAUGUGACAUGGAGAAGUUCAAGCAGCUGAUGAUUAACGCCCUGAAAUAAGAUGCGGUAUGUCCCACACGGAAGAACGUAAAGCCAGCAGUGCCUGAGUUACAAUUAUACACGAUGCAAACUAACGCCAAUAAAAUUUAUACUGCAAUAACAGGCUAUUGAUACCUUAAAAUUGGGGUAUUCAAUGCUAACAAUAACUCAUUAUUUUCUUGUUUAUAAAGACAUUUAAGGUCAAACUAAACCAGUUAGGAGGUCAAACAAGAGGACAUGACUUCAGAAUUAAGGAACAGAAGUUUAGGGGUAAUUUGAGGGGGAACUUCUUUACUCAGAGAGUGGUAGCGGUGUGGAAUGAGCUUCCAGUGGAAGUGGUGGAGGCAGGUUCAUUGGUAUCAUUUAAAAAUAAAUUGGAUAGGCAUAUGGAUGAGAAAGGAAUGGAGGGUUAUGGUAUGGGUGCAGGCAGGUGGGACUAAGGGGGAAAAAAAAUUUGUUCGGCACGGACUUGUAGGGCCGAGAUGACCUGUUUCCGUGCUGUAAUUGUUAUAUGGUUAUAUGGUUAUAUGGUUAACUAUUAAAUCCGUUGUGGAAAUGUGAUCAUCUUUUUUAAGUAUGAAAUAUUUACACUAACCUUUCCCAAGGAAAUUAAAUGGAAGGUAUGGGAAAAUUGAAUGGUGUUUGCCAUUGUUAACUCAUAAGAUCCCUCAACCCCACCUCUGAACCUCAUUCGGAAGCCUUCCAUAUUUUGAUAUCUCGAGAGUUGACUAUACAGGUGCUGUGGUAUCUCAGCGGGACAAGGCAGCAUCUCUGGAGAGAAGGAAUGGGUGACAUUUCGGGUCAAGUACAAGUUCUGUACCAGUUUCCGUCACCCCCUGACUCUCAGUGUGAAGAAUGGUCUCGAUCCGAAACGUCACCCAUUGUUGCUGGAGCAUUUUGUGCCUAACUUCAGUGUAAACCAGCAUCUGCAGUUCAUUGCAACACUAUUGCGAUGCCGCACUGGUUUCCAUCCUCAUUUCUUCCCACCGUAAAUUUAACUAAAUCCCUGCCAGUGAAGACUCUCCAUCACUCUCUGCUCAAUAAUCCAUGCCCAACAUAUCCUCCUCUCCGCCCACCCCCUCCAGGCUUCAAAGUUCUCUACCUCUGUUGCCUCCUCCAGCCCUGUGACCCGUGAAGACCUUGCGCUUUAGAAGUCUCUUCCUAAGCCUCUUAAACCCCACGCUCUCUUCCCCUGCAGAGAGAUUAAUGGCAUCUCAUAUCCUGUGUGAUUCAGCCUUUAAUAUGAUUCAUAUGAUAAAUCCGGCCUAUGAAUACAUAUCAUUGUUUAUUAAGAUGCCUAAUUGGAUUUGGAUUCAUUUUGUUGUGAUCAGAGAUGUCAAUUUCAAAGACAUGGUUUGCCUUGAUAUUUCAAGCUGUUAACACUCCACAGGAGAACUGAUAUGAGAAAAUAAUAUGCACUUUAUUUGAUAUGGUGACAAUAUAACGUCAUAAAAAUAGGCUUUGCUUUUGCUGAAUCUGGUGGGAACCACUGAAUUCAUAUUGUAAUGGCUCAUAAAUACUGUGUGAAUUAAUAGAAAAUAAAGGUUGAAUGGAACUAAA